ACGAAAAGGCGCAUUAAUUAUAUUAAUUGUUGCUCUUGUUGAUAUACCAAAUUGAAUUAGUCGAUUAUGGUCACAUCUUAUUGAUCAAUCAAAAGAAAAUCGUAAUACUUCACCAAAUAUUAUAUUUGUUCUUGGAAAUAAAGUUGAUCUAUUAGCAAAAGGUAAGCAGUAUGAAACUUAUUUAUCCAAUGUUCGUCAAUGUCUUGAAAAUGAAUGUACAAAGCGUAGUUUAGGAAAACAUAUAAUUAAAUAUAAUGGUUUAAUUAGUGCUCGAACUGGAUAUGGAAUUGAAGAACUUAUAGAAGAAAAGAUUUCGUUAUUGGUCACAACAUGUCUUAUUGAUUCUGAUCUUUGUCAUAUUCAUGUACUUGAUUGUAUUCAACGUGCAACUGUAUCAAAUCUUGCUGGUACAACAAUGAAUGUUCUUCGUUUUCCAAUUCAAUUACGAACUGGAAAAAAUGAAUUUAUGUGUGAGGAACGUUUAAAAGAACGAGAACACAAUGAAUUGAUUUUUGAUGAAAAUAAUUAUUCAAUUCAAAACGAAACAACUAUUGUUCAAAAUGUUGAACCAACAGUAAAAUGUCGUCGUCGAUUUGAAUCUGAAAUGAAUUUAUCUUGA